UUCCACCAUUAUCAGGGAGGAAGUGGCCCAGAGUCGCCCCUCCUCUCCCGCUCUCUUGUUCCUACUGGCUGCUGGUGAGGGGCGGCGGUGACCCGGGAGGACAGAACACGACCGCAGGACUCCAGCACCACCAGCCCACACCGACAGAGAGAGAGAGAGAACCAUGAAGACCCCCGCCAACGUCGCCCUGCUCCUCCUCAUCGCUUCCUGCGGCGUCUUCAUCCCAGUAUCAACCAAUGGCAGUACGACCACAGCAACGACUGAAGCCAAAGUGAUCACCACGGUCCCCUUGUCCACGGCCACAAGCGGGACGACCCCCUCCGCCGGGACAGCCAAGCCCAGCACGGUCCAAGUGAUCACCACGGUCCCCUCGUCCACGGCCACAAGCGGGACGACCCCCUCCGCCGGGACCACCAAGCCCAGCACGGUCCAAGCCACGGUAACGACCGGCAACCAUUCCUCCCCAGCGCCGACAACCACGCCUUCCAAUUAUACCGCGGCGCCCGUCUCCGUGACAACAGAUAACAAAACGUCGGAGCUCCUCAACAGCACCGGAGCCGUGUCCGGGAACGCCAGCACGGGAGGGCAGCAGAACUCCUCCUCCGAGGCGUCCACCCCCAAGGACCUGCCGAAAGGUCUCAAUAUGACCAAACCCACCAAUGAACCGAAUAUAAUGAUGACCAGCAAGGCAACCACGCUCCCCCCCCCCACCCCGGGAAAAAGCCCCUCUGCCAACACUGUUCUUCCGACGAGGGGCCAGACGCAGUCGAAGGCCGUUGAGGAGCCUGAAAAGGGGAAGACGACGCUCGCAAAGUCAGAUAAGAAGCUCCUGUGGAUCCUGCUCCCCGUUCUGGGCAUCGCCGUGGCCGCCGUCUUCUUCCUGCUCAAAUUCAAGUGCAAGAACGUCCACAACCACAUGGACACCAUCGACAACGGCACAGAGAACGCGUCUUUCCAAAGCCGCCCUGAAAGCACGAAGGACGGCGUCAUGCUGCUGGGGGUCCGAGCAUCCGGGGCCGGAGAGAAUGGUACGUUCCAUCAGCAGUGACUCUCCCUGAGCUCGGACCGGUCCAACUGCCAAGACAGCCACAGGAUCAAGAUAAUGGAAGGAAGGAGGAGAAGGUUUCCUCUUGGCCGAUGGAAUCAGUGGAUGGACGUAAGGACGGUCGGCGACGGCUCCUCACUCCUGGAUAAAAGAUUAUGAUUUGUUUUUAUUGUCAUUUUUGUACACGACGAGAUGAUUAUGAAGUGAUCAGAAAACAGAAGAUGUAAGAUAUGAGAGCGUUGGAGUUCACCAUGUAUAUUCGAUCCCGAUUUUUUCCGGGUUUUCAGAAAACACAAGUCCUGCUCCCCCCUGCACUGAGCCAGCUGAUUCACUCUGUCAUUACUACUGUGGGUUCAACCUCACCCUCACCCCAGCCCCUAUCUACUGAUGGUUACAUGAGGGAGGGGAGGUUUAUAUGAAGCCUAAUGCAUUCACUGGAGAAAUUAAAUUCUGCUCUUGCUUUUCUAAAUUAAAGGACAAAUCCGGUGUAAAAUG